GCUCAGGCCAAGCCCCCCGGACGGUGUGGGAAAGGCACCCAGCGCUGCGGGAGUCCCGCGAACUAGUCGCGACGGAGCGGCUGUUGCUGAAGGAGGGCUGGUGCUGCUGCUGCUCUAAGGGAUGGCGGCGGGGGUUUCCUCGUCUUCCUGUGGCCGAGGCGGGCUGCAGCCGCUCAAAGCCACCGUCCCGUUCCAGCUGCAGCAGCGGCGAGGCGGGGACGGGGGACGGGCAGCCAGCGUUCCGUGUGCUGCUGGGGCUACUGAGAAGGCCUGCCGGAACAGACCUCCCAGGGUGCGGCGUACUUCUUCCUUGGACACCGUCCUCGGGUCGUACCUCCUCGGUCAGUGGCCUCGGGAUGCUGAAGGAGCCGCUUUAUCACAUAUGAGCGACAAAUCUACACAGACUCCUGUAUCCUGGCACGAAGUGGAGGUGGGGAAAGCCACCCUUCAUAAGCGUUCAGCCUCCUGGGGCAGCAUGGGUCAUCGCAGAGAGAUCGCCAAACUGAAGCAGCAGCUUCAGCGAACGAAGCUGAGCACCAGAAACGGCAAAGAGAAGGAACGGAGCUCCCCCGUCCAGGGCGAUCAUACGGUGCUUCCAACGGUCAAGGUCUCCCCACCUGCACCCUUUCCAGCCUCAACUGCCGUGUCAUUCAUCCACUUGAACAACAGCCUUGACGGUCUCAACCGGGAGCUGGAAGAGGCGUUUGUGAAGGAGCAAGGAGACGAGGAACUGCUCAGAAUUCUGGAUGUCCCUGAUGGCCGCAGGGCUCCAGCCCCUCUCCAGAGGGCCCCUGGCGAUUCCUUGCUGCCCCAGCUGGAGCAUAGCAGCAGCAGUUGCAGCAGCCUUUCUCUUUCCCCGUCCCCUUCUGCUGCUCCGGGACGGUCCCCGCAUACUCCUGCUCGCAUAGCUACAGAAGACCCUUCCACUGGUGCCUUAGAAACACCCACGCUGGAAACCAAAGGAAAAGAAAACAGCAACAGUCCUCCGGUCCUUGCUUUUGCCUUGUCUCCUCGUCCCAACCAUACCUAUGUAUUCAAGAGGGAACCGCCAGAGGGCUGCGAAAAAAUCCGUGCUUAUGAGGAAGCAGCACCAUUCAGCCUUGAUCAGACCUUCCUGCCUUCCUGUCCAGAUAAGAACAAAGUCCACUUCAACCCAACUGGCUCUGCCUUUUGCCAAUUCAGCUUGGUGAAGCCUCUGAUUCCCAGCGUAGACUUCCUUUUCACAGACUUCUCUUCCUCUCCCAGCCCUGCGGUGCCAGGCAUGUGCUCCCGCCAACCCAUGUCCAAGGUCCCGCUCCUCCCUUUGCAGAAAGACUCCAGGGGUGAUGACUUCAGUGAAACCCCUCAGUCAGAAUCCUGGAAGCGGAACCAGGCUGAAGAUACUAUGCUCUUCCACAGCUCCCUGGUUGUCUGAAGUUCCGUGGGCAGAGUGGAGGCAAAAUCCCUUAGCGCACUUUGGCCGGUGGAGAAAGGAACUGGGAAACUGAGCACUCUCCUGCCCUCCAGCAGCCUUAAAAGCACAGAUUGCCAGUGGAUGCUCUGUAGCCACCGUAGUUUUUCUCCCUUCAACUUCUGGUACUUUAAAGCACUUCCUUUCCUUAUGAGUUAAUGGGAAUUUCCUUCUGCUGUUUUGAUGUCCAGAGAGCGCAUACUAUUAUCAUCCACCAGGUUUUUUUUCCCUGUCUUCACUUGUUGGGUGAGGCAAGGGCUCUCACAUGGUUCUGAAUACCCCCCCGAGGAUGUUGCACCGGCUUCACACAGAACAUGGAAGACAAAAAGAGUUCCCAUGUAGCUAAAGGAGCUGACAUGUACUGCUGCAGCAGAUGACCACUGAGCAAGAGUUUAGCAGGGAAAGCUGCUUCCUACAAAGCAAGCCCCGUAGAGCGCAUGACGGGAAACACAAGUCUUAAAAGUCUGCUAAAUGCUCUCCUACUGAUCAUACUGUACCCAGGUAGAAGUUAAUAAGCAGCCAUUCAACUUGUGUGCCUUUAUUGAGGGAGCAUGUUUUUAGAUGGUUCUCCAUUUUAGGAAGGAAGGAGUGUUCCCUCUAUGUGGUUUUCGGGGCGGGGGUGGGGAAGAGCAGUGUCUCUGAAGAUUCUCCUUGCUUAGAAAUUCAGAAAACAGCACCUAAAGCUCUCUGGUAGAAUGAAUCUGUUGGUCGUUUCAGCAUACAUUCUCUUCCUUUUUAUCAUAACUGACCAGUCCAGACUGACACUACUACUAUUCUAGUGAGGUUGGGGAACCUGCACAGCUUUAACCGUACUGUUUAUGCACAGAAAACGAACACUCCAAAGAUCCCAGGUUCACUUAUGCAGACAGCCUGUUCCAUCCCCUACCAACCCCACGAAAGGCCUUAAACCUGGUGAUGCCUUGAUUCUAACGUGUAUUUGAAAAUGAUUUGUUGUCUUGUUGCUAAACCUCAGGAUUGCAUUGGAAAGGUUUCUUCAAACCUGAGGGAGAAAUUAUAUUUUUCUUUGGAAGACAGUAUUUUUGCAGCUACUUUUGAAGUUUUGUAUGUAUCACAAAAGCUUAUGGAAGAAUGUUAGCCUGAGAGGUUCACUGACUUGACUUGUUCAGAGGUUUUUGUGGAUCUUGGUGGUUUUAAACCAGUUCAGAAAUAAAAUUUCAGGCAUUUAAA